AUGCUUCUUCUUACUGGAUAUAAUUCAGAUCAACCUCUUUCUUCUGAAAAAUUCUGUGAUUAUGAUCAAUAUUCAAUUUUAUCUGACACAGAAAGUUCACAUAUACGUUAUUUUUGUGAUGGAAUUAAAAAACUUUCUCAAAGUUUUAUAGAUAGAUUAUCAAAAGGAAUAUCGGAAGAUUCACUUAUUUUGGAAGAAGAGGAUGAUGGGAUUACAGAUGAAGAUAAUGAUAUCAAAAACUAUGGUAAUAAAUCUACUUCAACAUUAUGGAGACAUGUAAAAAAGCAUCAUCCAAAUAUUUAUCAAAGUAAUGAACCAUUACAAAUAAAAGAAAAGUUUACAUCACAAGGAUUUAGAAAAAAAUUAAUUGAUUGGAUAGUAAUUGAUGAUCAACCAUUUACAGUUAUUGAAGAAAAAAAAUUUAUAGAUAUGUUAACAUAUCUUAAAUUUGAUUUAAAUUUAUCAUCAGCAGAUACUUUACGACGUGAUUUAGAUGCAAAUUUUAUACAAAUAAAAGAUAAUGUAUAUCAAAAAUUACAG